AUGGGUGAAGAUUUAACAGAAGUUGAUGUUAGACAAAGGAAAUCGGGUAAAAAUAAAAAUCUUGGUGAUGAUGGAUACAGCAGUCCUGGUGAAAAUGUUCAUGGUGCGAGUAAAAGACGGAGACGAGGUCGAAAUGAUAAAAUCGAUGGCAACGUAAAUACCCCUGAGAAAGAAGUCACAAGUGAAGCUAUUGAUCUGAAGGGUAAAAUUGGAAAGAAACGUGAAGUCAAUGUGGACGAUGAUUUAGGUGAAAUUGUUUCUGAUGGGGAAUCGAUUGAUGAUGGCGUCGAAUCUUAUGUUUCGUCGAAGAUUGGAGAGGAUAAUGAUGAUGAUCGAGAUCGAGAUGAUAUUGGCCUGGAGUCUGAGGACAAGAGUUAUGAAGAUAAGUAUCAAGAGUAUCAACAAACUUCUGAAUUCCAAGAUCAUUCACAGUGGAGUCAUGAUUACAGUGAAUCUGAUAGAAUGGGCGGAGAAAUUAUUGCUGAAGUCUCUGAUUCUGUAGGAGAUUCUCAAAGUGAAUCAAAUGAAGAAGCAGAGUACCAAAUGAAUCAGAAUCAGGAUUAUUCACAUAAUGAACCAGAGAUUGAUCAACAGCCGUCGGAAGAAUGGUCAUGGAGCAUUCAAGAGCAGUUGGAUAAUUCAGCUGCCCAUCCUUCAAAUGAAGAAACAAAUCCGAACCCUGAGACACAAUCUAAUCCGGUAGAAGAGCAAUCCAAUCCCAGCUUUGACCAACAAGCAUGGCAAUAUCAGGAGCAACAAAACGAACCAGAUCAGCAACAACAAACACAUGAACAAUUUCAUGAACAAAUACAAGAACAAGCUCAAGAACAAUAUGAACCAAGACCAGAUGAUCAACAAGCUCAAUCAAUUGCUGAUGCCCCUGAACAGUAUGAUAAUCCUCCAAUGGGCAACUAUGAGCCAUAUACUGAAACUGGUAGUUACUUUGAAUGUCCAGCUGGAAGUCAUUGGGAUGGUUUAGCAUGUGUAGACUCUGAUUCCUAUGGCCAAAUUGAUAAUACAAAUGAUUAUGUUGCUCAACCAGAUUCAACCACUGAAAGUAUUAUUUAUCCUGAGCAACAAUAA